GAUGGUAGUCUCUGGCUGUUAAUAAUGACCCACAGUAGACCAUCUCCCUUUCCCGGGUCUGCCGCAGGUACCUCUGGCUCCUCUGCAGGGCAGAAAAAAGGCGUCUGCUGGCUCUUUAACGAGAGCCAGUGCCGGUGGUACAGUUCGUGCAGGUUUCGCCACGAAUGUGCUCACUGCGGGGGAGCGCACCCAGCUAUGCGCUGCUUCCGGAAAGGGAAACCGGUCGCCGGGAAGGGUCCUUCUCGAGACGACAUUCCUAGGGGAGAGGACCCCAGUGGAUGUCCUAAGAAUGCGCCCCUGGCUUGCCCGGUAUCAUAGAGUUCGCGAUGCGCAGAUCUUAUUCGACGGAUUUCAGGUGGGUUUUUGGAUUCCGUUUGUUCCGUCUUCAUUGCCCCAGUUUGCGGACAACUCCGCUCGGUUCAGGGCAAGGGAGAUAUUCUGCAGGACAAGUUAGACGCAGAGGUGCAAGUGGGUCGCAUGACAGGCCCUUUUUCCUUUUCCCCCCCCUUUUCUAAUUUACGCAUUUCUCCCCUGGGGAUGGUUCCUAAGAAGGAACCUGGUUCCUGUGGUUUGAUACACCAUCUGUCUUAUCCGUCGGGAGGUUCCGUAAACGAUGACAUCGGGAAAGAUGUUUGUUGAGUGCGCUAUGCAUCAAUCGACAGGGCGUUAGAGUUGGUGUGCCGUGCAGGGCCCGGUGCGUUGUUGGCAAAAUCUGACAUAGCAUUGGCUUUUCAUCUGUUGCCGGUUCACCCCUCCUGCUUUCACUUGCUAGGUUGUUCUUUUCGUGGGGUUGUAUACUAUGACAUGUGUUUGCCCAUGGCCUGUUCAAUUUCUUGUUUCUAUUUUGAGAUGUUUUUGUGUUUCUUGGAAUGGGUUACAGUGCAGGAGGCGGGUUUAUCGUACAAUCGUGGGGCAUUUCGGGGUCCGCGUCGCGGAGGCCAAAACGGUGGGCCCGGUUCAAGUGUUAUCACUUUUAGGGAUGGAAAUAAACUCCGUUGAGAUGGUUUUCCAUCUUCCGGCUGACAAAUUAUCAGUCCUGUUGCGCAUGGUCGACUUGAUUUGCAGCGCCAGGAAGGUAUAGUUACAACAAAUGCAGGUGCUUCUGGGGCACUUGGCCUUUGCGUGUCGUGUGCUUCCGAUGGGUCGGGCAUUUUGUAGGCGCCUUUCUCUUUCCACUGUGGGGGUUCGGGAGCCCUUUCAUUUUAUUCGGGUCACUCGUCAUUUGCAUGCAGACCUUCAGGUGUGGAGCUCCUAUCUGGAGCGCUACAAUGGUCGCUCCGGCUGGCUGCAGGAGGCUACGUCUAACUCGGAGUUGAACCUCUUCACAGAUGUGUCCAGUGCCAUUGGUUUUGGAGCAUACUUCCAGGGCCAAUGGUGCGCGGAGGCAUGGCUGGCCCGGUGGCUGGGCUUGGACAUGAUGCAGAAUUUAACGUUUUUGGAGUUGUUUCCCAUUGUGGUCUCCUUAGAGCUCUGGGGGGAGGCUCUUCGCAACAGGGCGGUGGUUUUUCACACUGACAACAUGAGCAUUGUCCAUGUGAUAAAUCGCUCGUCCUCCAGUUCUCGCGCUUCUGCGUCAGCUGGUCCUCCUUUCUUUAAGAUUUAAUAUUUGGAUAAAAGCAAGUCAUGUCCCGGGUGUGCAGAAUGUGGUAGCUGACUCUCUUUCUCGGUUUCAGUGGGACCGCUUUCGGGAGUCAGCGCCGGCGGCGGAAGCAGUGGGUCUCAGCUGUCCGGACUCCUUCUGGGAGAUCGAUUUGGAGGAUUGAGUCAUGUUGGUGGCGGACUCCUUGUCUGACGCUUCUUGGAGAUCGUAUCAAGCGGUCUGGCGCCAAUGGCUGGCCAUGUUCUCGCAGAGUCGGGUGCUGGGGUCAGAGUCAGGACGCCUGGAGGCGACACUGACAAUGCUAGAGGCGAUGCUCGAACAGGGUAAGUCUUGCUCCUCGGCUGAAAAGUCCUUGACAGCUCUGUCUUUUCUAUGUAGGUUUAUGGGUUGGCGAGAUGUUUCUCCGGAGUUUGGUAUCCAGCGAGUGAUCUGGGGUUGGAGGCUUAGGAGGGCCCCGGACCGCCGCCGCCCGGUGUCAGUCGACUUGCUAGGGCGGAUUCAGUCAGCGUUGGGUGCGGUUUGCUUCUCGGAAUACGAGGUAUUGUUAUUCCGGGUUGCAUUUUCAUUUUGUUUCUUUGGGGCCUUUCAUGUGGGCGAAUUGGUCUACCGCUACCGAACGUCUGUUGGGCCACUUCUGUUGGCGGACAUCCGGUGGGCUGAGGACUUCGUGGACGUUUUCAUCAGGUGGUCUAAGACCGACCAGGUAGGUAGGGGUUCGUAUCGGUGCGACUAGUGGGGGGUUUUGCCCGGUUAGGCUUUUCUUGGCAUAUUUACGGAGGAGGCCGUUGGCGUAUCUUUCCUUGCUGGUUCAUACAACGGGACUCCCCUCAGUUUACGGCAAUGUUUCGGGCCGCAUUGGCAGAGUGUGGGUUGGAUUCGCGGCAGUACUCAGCUCACUCAUUUCACAUAGGGGCGGCCACUCAGGCAAGUUUGUGGGGGUUCUCUGCUGCAGCAAUUCAGCGGUUGGGUAGAUGGGGCUCUCAUCGCUACAGGUCCUAUGUCAGGCCUCAUUUGUUAUAACGUUUGUUUCUUCCUAGAUCCUCGGCCUCGCUGUGUUUGGAUAUUGGGUAAUUCCUUUGUAUACUGGGCAUACGAGUGUGUGUCCCUUCGGAGGUAUGUGUCGGGGCCAGUGACCUUAGUUAUCCACGCGGGGGGUAAUGACCGAGGGCGCAGGUCAGUAGAUCCCCUACACGCGAUAAGACAUGAUCUGGCUCGUUGCAUGGCUCUCUUUCCAGCUCUGACCCUGAUCUAGUCGGAAAUCGUGUUCAGGCCUUGCUGGCGUGGGGUGUGGAGUGCAGUAGGCGCAAGCUUAAUGUGGCCAUUGGGAAAUUUGUUCACCGCCUCGGGGGGUUUGUCGUGAGGCACACGGAAUUGGAGGGAGACAACUCCAACCUUAUGCACAGGGACGGGGUUCACCUCUCUCUUAUAGGUUUAGAUAUCCUGAAUUCCGGGCUACAGGUGGUUAUCGAGGAGGCACUGGCUGCGGGGGGACGCGGUGCCUGCCAAGGGGACAGUUAGGGAAGCCCCCCCGCGAUGGCGGUAGUCCUGGCCAGCGAAGAGAAUUGGAAAGAAGUGCCCAAGCGGCUUGGGGAGUCAUAGCCUGCUGAGAGCUGAUGGCGGGGGCAGGCUGCUCCUGACUCGUGGCUUCAUUUGAUAGAGCGGUCUGUUGGUAAUCCCCCAACAGCUGACAGGUUGUGGACGCUGGCAAUAAUCAUGUUGUGUAUUUAUUGGGCAACGGGUGGUUGGGGUUUGGUCUGGGUCAGCAGUCAUGCAUAAUAUGUAUAUAAUUAGCACUUGAGCUGUAGAUAGCGCUGUGCAGUUCAGAGUACUGCUUAUUUAUGAUAUGAACUUGUUGGUACUCACAGGAAGGAAGUUCUUUGUUUUUUUUCCACUUGCUCUAUGUCUCUCUUCCUUUUAUCUUUCACCCUGCUGGCUGUUGUUUUAAGUAACUAAUAUGCUAUAAAUGUUUGCUGUUUAUACACACAAGUAAAGCCUAAUAUGCUUCUUCACAAUAUGCCAGUGUCUCUUUUUGAUGCAUAGCCAACAGAUUAUGGGUCCAGACACUGAAGGAAAACCACAAAUAAGUAAGUGUUGCAUCUAUGAUCCCAGUAAAUACUGAGUACGGAAACAAGAGCUGCAUCUAAUUUACUGAAAGAUGGCGAACAUAUGAAGGCUAUGCUGUUGAUUGUGGAACAGCUACGUGCAAUAGGUGAAGAUAUGAAAGACAAUCAUGUAGUAGCAUUAUUACUAAGCAGCCUUCCAGAGUCAAUUGGUGCCCUUAUAAAUGCUCUAUAAACCAGACCAGAGCAGGAACUAAAGGAAAAUUAAUUGAUGAAUACAACAAAAGAAAGGAAAAUAUGCAUAUGGAAGAGGAUGAGAGAUCAGAGGUAGCGCUAAAGGUGCAUGUAGGCAUACGACAAAGCAAAGAAACCAGGGUAUGUUUUCGGUGCAAAAAGGCCGGUCACCUAAAAAAGAACUGCUCAAUCUAGAAAGCUGAGCAGCGAAGGAAAGAGCCACCAACAAGAGAAAAAGUUAAAACAGCCACAAAGGAAACUGCAGGUGCAUCAUGGAGUGGUACCUUUAAAGUAACUCAGAAUAGCACAUCACACGGAUGGUGCAUCGACUCAGGGGCAACAAGUCACAUGACAAGUGAUGAAACGUUUUUUAAAGAAAUUGAUUACAGUGCAAAAGACAGUCUUCCUAGCAAAUGGAAAAGUAUCACUGCGGAAGGUAACGGUCAAGGUUUCCUGAAAUGCAUCACACCGUCAGGGGGUAAGCAAAGCAUCCUUGUAAAGAAUGUUCUGUAUGUUCCAAGCCUAGAAGGAAGUCUUCUAUCAGUGAAAACCCUUGCUAAAAAUUGACUCACAGUUCACUUCUGAGGCAAUGAAUGCACAAUUCAAAACAGAAAACAAAUCCUAGCAAAAGGAAGGUUGAAUGAACACCUGUACAAACUCAUCACUGCAAGCGAACAAGCCAGAGCAACAACUCAUAAUGUACACGACAAGUGUAUCCACCUGUGGCACAGAAGAUUGCGGCAUCGAAACCCAGAAGCCAUAAAGGAUUUUGCAAAGAUAGGUCUAUCAGAAGGUAUGACAAUUUUGCCUUGCCACAUGCUCAGUGCACAUGUUGUAUCAAAGCAAAUGCCACAUGUACACCACUUCCACAGACCAGUCAAAGAAAGAUGACUCAGUCCAUGGAACGUAUACACAGUGACAUGUGUGGACAAAUGAAAACCCCCACACCUAGCGGGAACAGGUAUUUACUGACCUUCAUUGACGUUUAUUCUAGAUACACAACGACAUAUCUGCUGAAGCACAAAAGCGAGACAUCAGAGAGACUUCAAGAAUUUGUAGCUAUGACUAGCAACAAAUUUCAACGGAAACCAGGAAUAAUACGCACUGACAAUGGAGAGAAAUAUAUGGGAAAGGAAGUGGAAUCAUAUCUAAAGAAACAAGGUAUUAUACACCAAACAACUGUACCAUACACUGCCGAUCAAAAUGGUGUAACAGAAAGGAAAAACCGCACUCUCACAGAAAUGGCCAGAUGCAUGCUUUCAGAUGCCAACUAACCUAACUAGUACUGGGGAGAAGCAAUAAUGACUGCAACAUACCUACAGAACAGGCUACCAUCAAAAACAAUUGAAAGUACCCCAUACCAAAUGUGGAAUGGAUCAAAAUCCAGUAUAGGACAUAUCAAAGUGUUCGGCUGUAAAGCAUAUGUGUAGCGGUACUUACCCUCUCCGGGAGCCGGACGAGGUCCUCUUUCCCAGCCGCGUGCGGUCCUGCAUCUGAGCGAGCCGCAUACGGCUCGUCCGACGGGGAGAUCCAGAAGGCGUGCACUGACCGCGAGACGCAGCCACGUGACUCACCUGGCACUGGGAGCGCACUGCGCGUAUCGGGCGCGCUUUUAAAGGGACAGUGGGAGCCGAAAUGCAAAACGGUCUCCCAUUGGCUCAUGUCAUUCCACAUUCCCCAUACACUUACAUUUUGGGGGCGUGGAUAUGACAGGGGCCAAUCAAAUUAAACACUAAGGUAUUUAUACUCACCUUUCCCUUAGCUCCCUGCCCUAUCGUGGUUUUUGAUUCAGUCCCCUUUAGUGCUUGCUUCGUCUAGUAGUGGUUUUUUCGUGCUUGACCUUGGCUUUGUACCUGACUCCGUUUUUCUUUUUAUCCCUGCUUUGUCUUGUUCGCCGGGUUUCCUGACUCCUGUGCACCAGUCCUUGGCUAGUUUUUGUUUUCGCUGUCUCUCUGUUCCCUUGACCUCGGCUCGUUCUUGACUCUGUCUUUUCUCUGUUGUGCCCAGCUUGUUUUAUUGUAUGAGCAUCUCUGUAUUAUGCUCAGAUCUCUGUAUUGUAUGAGUAUCUAUAUACUGUAUAGAGAGGAGUAAAAUUCUGGGGGUAACAGUCUGGCACCCUGUGGCGGAACAAGCCUCGCCACUGGGCAUUGGAGAAGACUGAUUGCCAGCCUCCUGCCCUGUGACUAUGGCCCCUGAAAUGUAUUCUGCCCUUUAAGAAACUUAUUUGGGAUUAUUGGAUUUUGAAACACUUUUUCUGCCCCUUUGAAUACAUGGGAAGGUGUGCCCCUCCCCUGCUUCCUGUCUUUUGUUCUCCAGCAGGGCGUUGUCCCAGGGAAACACUGUUUCUGCCCCUUUGAAUACAUGGGAAGGUGUUGUCCCAGGGACACUGCCAGAACAGUUGGAACUUGCUGUUUUGCCCUUCCUCUGUCUCUCAUCAGCCCUUGCUAUGAUUUAACCCCAUGGCGAUUUGACUGUGUUCGUGGGAUCUGAGCGCUGUUCGGAUAUAGUGAGCGCUCAGAUCCAAGCUAUCUGGGGAUAGGUUGAAUGUGGGGGUUCUGUUCAGUAUGAUAGGAAUUAUGUAUUUUUAUGUGUUUUUUACUGAUAUUUCUGUAUGCUGGAGAUAAUUGGCUUACCACACCCAAGCCACACUUGCAGUUGGGCAAAAAGGGACUUCUAACUAACAUUUGACCCACUGGACCAAUUUGUACGAUUUUGACAUAUGUUUGUAUUUGGAGUAUGCGGAUUUUAUGUGAAUGUGAGGUAUACUUUCAGAGUUAUGAAUAUUGGGUAAAACUGUAUUUUCCUGCCUAUGAUAAUUACUUUAGCCCAUUGUGUUCAGUAAUUAUAUCACAGGCAGAGGGGAGGAUUUCUACUGUGUAUGUGGGAAUGAUAUUUUGUUAAUUAGUGUUCCCAUUGGUUUGUGUCCCUUUUGUCACAGUUUACCACCAGGUCCUAGGGGUGUGCCUCUGGCCUGAAAACUUGCAUAAAAGAAAGCACUUUGGUGCUGAUUAAAAAUAGUUCUUCUUCACCCUCAAUCUGAUUCCUGUAUCUUAUUGGGGGAAUCUGCUACAAGGGAUUGCUAUGCUUGUCAUACUCCCUUGCUAAAUCACUACUAAGCUCUUGUAAGAGCUUGUUCCUGCCUUGCUCUCUGGAGGAGUCUACGGUGGUUAAGGUGUCAGCUGGAGUGCUUGGAGCCCUCAGGAAGCGCUAGGAGCAUCCAUCAACGAAGGUACCCACUCAGGGUGCCCGUUGAUACGUUACACACCCCAUUAUCUUAAACCCUCACCAGCCGCCACUGGCUAGGUCCCCCAUUAGCAUGAAGUAUAUACGUGCAAACACUGCUGGUAGUUGGAAAAAGGCUUAUCCAACAAUUCAACAAGGUAACAAUUUUAAAUUUAAGGUAUAUAUGUAUAAAAAUGUGUGUGUGUGUGUGUGUGUGUGUGUGUGUGUAUAUAUAUAUAUAUAUAUACAUAUAUAUAUAUAUAUAUACACACAUAUAUUUAUACCCCUACUAGAAUUUACACCAAUGCAAUCAAUGGGAUAACACAACCCUUUUGCCUCUUCAUCGCCUGUGGUUAUAGCUAGCACACUAGGGUACUCUAAUACCACCUUUAAUUUCUGCACAUCUAUUAUUCUCAAUAUCCAUAAAACAACAUUGUGGCAUGUAGCAAAACACUAAAGCUCCAUACAUGAAUUGCAUGUGCAAUGUAAACACAAACUACACUAACCCUUUCAAUGUAGAGAACAGGAAUUCACUGAUUUGCAAUGAAUAGUUCUUCCCAUGGUACUGAAAAAGCUGAACAAAACUUUACAAUAACGUAUUUUCAACUCCAAUGUGCUUGAGGUCCACAGGUCCCAGUGGAAGGUUAACUAAGAAAAGACUGUUUAUUUUCCCAAAACACACAUAGACCCCGUGUAACGAAACAUUUAACAGGCAAGUGGUGCCUUCAAACUUGACGUUCUUUAUUGAUUUCAGUCAUGCUCAGAUUGCACCCUUACACUAAAAGCCCCAUCUUCCAGACCUCACAUGGCCCAUCUCUUUUCCUUACAUUGGCUCCUAUAAAUUUUAGGGUUGAACUUAAAAUCCUAGUGGUUAUCUAUAAAGCUCUUCAUAAUAGUACCAGAAUCUCCAUGUGCACUAAUAAAGAAGUAAGUCCGAUCCUGGCCCCUCCAGUCCCAUAUUCUGAUUAUUAUUCUUGGCAGGUGGGAGAGUUGGCACCGGGGGCUCAGCACGUGGCAAAAUGUAACACCCUUACAAUUGCCACCUGGGUCCAAAGAUGCCCCUGGGACCCCUGUAAUGUCGACCUUGCUAAGAGGCCCAUCAUAAUAUUGGCAAAUAAUGUCAUGUGCAUGAAAUGUUAGUGACAUAUCAAGCAUGACUGUCAUAACUGUCUAUGAAUAGUACAUUUCAAGAGAUAUUUGCAGACAUGUCAAAAGUCACUUGCACUGAAUGGGGAACGGUCACUUCCAGAAGCUUCAAGUUUUUUGCUUGUUUUUUUUAAUUAGAUAAAUCGAUGCAUUUAUUUAAAGUAAGAUAGCUAGUUUUACCUUAACCCCUUAAGGACACAUGACAUGUGUGACAUGUCAUGAUUCCCUUUUAUUCCAGAAGUUUGGUCCUUAAGGGGUUAAAGGGGGAAAUGCCACCUCCCCGAUAUUUGACAUAUAUAAUAUCAUGUUUACCUCCUAUAUUUAACAGAUUUAUUUUUUUUUAAAUGUUUACAUUUGUAUUUUUUAUUGAAUUUCAUGCAAAGUAGCAGAUAUUCACAUCAGAGUAUUGUUUUUUCAAGUUAACAAAAUAACAGCAGUGGAUAAGACAUAUUUCAAGUAACAUGGGAUCAAAUAUAUUGCAAAUAGCCGAACUGGCAUUUAUGUAGGCUCUAUGUCUGUGCAUCCUGUGUCAGCUAGAGUAAGGCGUUAGUUCAGUGGGUGUCUGUUGUCGGUAUUCGCUUUUCCUCAGGCUGUGUCCUGGACAUGUAUGUCUCACUGUGUGGCCUCGUGAUAAACUAGUAUGUGGGUGUGUGUGUGGGCUUCGAACUGGGGUAUUGCUGCAGUGCUG